GCCCUAAAAAAGGGAACGCUGGGCUCAGGCCGUGUGUCAGUGCGACCUGGCAACGGGAGGAGAAGGCAGGGCCGGACGCUGCUGCCCAGGGACCAGAGGGACCCCACACCUCGGGAUCUGGGCCUGUGCUGCAGGCUCACCUGCCUCUCCCUGCCCAGAAUCAGUGGAGGAACAACCAGAGCAGACUGCGGUGUUCCUCGACGUGACGACGGGAGGAGAAGGCGGACAGGAGCAGGGCUCACGCAGGGCUGAGCAGGGACUGGUGCCCUCGUGGCUCUGGGCCUGUGCUGCAAACUCCCCAGUCUUCUUUCUCCCACAGAGAGAGGACCAGCACCUGGAGGAGACGGUGGCGUUUCGGGACAGGGACUCACCGCUGACAGCUGCCAUGUCUUGCAGCAAGCAGGAGGGCCCUGGUGCCAGGGAGCCAGCCUGCAGGCUGUGUCGCCGUGCAGAGGCUGACCCGGACAUGUGCGGUGACAAACUGGAGAAGUGCGGGCUCUGUGCCCACGUGUUCUGCCUGUUCUUUGCCACUCUACUUUUUCGUCAAGAUAACGAUCGUGUUGGACUCAUGGGAUUUCUUCCUAGAGAUAUCCAAAUUGCAGUCUGGCGGGCGGCACUAAAGCGCUGCUGCGUCUGUGGCCAGAGCGGGGCAACCAUCAUGUGUUGCAAGGAGGACUGUGACAGAUGGUUCCACCUGCCCUGUGCCAAGGAGGGCGGCUGUGUCAAUGUAUACAUUACCCCAUACAGCUCCUUCUGCCCUGAGCACAGUCCGGAGCAGGACAGAGUGGAGGCGACUCCAGAGCCAGGCACCGAUUGCCUCAUCUGCAUGGAGCCUGUGGAGGAUAGAAAGACCUUCAGAACCCUGGUGUGCCCAGCGUGCAAAAGGGCCUGGUUCCACAGGGACUGCAUCCAGGGACAGGCCAUGCGCGCUGGUGCUUUAGCCUUUCAGUGCCCCCUGUGCAGAGACAAGGCGGCAUUCACAGUUGAAAUGUUCAUCAUGGGGAUCCGAAUUCCCUUCAGACUGCCAACAUGGGAGGACAACGAUGCCUUUGCGGAUCUAGGAGAGAGGCACAGCAGGUGCACUGCCAGGGAUUGCCUUUACCCGGGAGGCAGGGAGGAGGCAGAGGAAGAGGGGCCCUGGGAGCUGCUCCUGUGCUCCUCCUGCGCUGCUGAGGGCACCCACAGGCGCUGCUCUGGCCUGAGAAACCGCAUAGAGAGCUGGGAGUGUGACAGCUGUGCUGGUGUCGGAACGGCUUCCAGGGAUGAGUCAGAGCUCAGUGGCCCCAGCCUGACCAGACAGUCAGGACUGGAGCCUGCUCAUGGCUCCUCAGCACCUGAGGCCAUCAGCCCCAGCUCCAGCACCCUGGUGCCAUCGGGGCUGGAUCCCCAGUCUCCAUCUGCGGAGACCAGCAGCAGCCACCAGCACACAGUAUGGCUGCAGUCUCUGCUGUCUUCUUCACUGGACACCAGCAGCCCCAGCACAUCAAGCUCAACGUACAGCACCUCGUCUGACCCUGAGGACAGGGUCCAUUCCAGACGUGCUGGGCCCAGCUGCAGGCCAACCCGCUCUCGCCAGCAAGGUCGGGCCCCAGAAGGACCCGUCCGAUGGAGGAGUCGCUGUGACAGGAGCAGGAGGACAACCACGAGGACUGAGAGGCCCAGGCGAAGGGAGACACCUUCACAGGCAUCCCCGGGAUGCAGCCGCGCCCGCCAGCAAGGUCAGGCCCAGAGUCCGCCUGCCCGGUCCAGGAGUCGCCGUGACAGGAGCAGCCGGACAAGACCAAGGACUGAGAGGCCCAGGCCAAGGGAGACGUCGUCAGGGACAUCCUGCAGACACAGCCACGCCCGCCUGCAGCGCCGGGCCUCGAAUCAACCUGUCCUGUCCAGGAGUCGCCAGGACAGGAGCAGCAGGACAGCAGCAAGGGCUCAGAGGCCCAGGCGCAGUGGGGCACCGUCAGGGGUGUCCCGCAGGAGCAACCGCUCCCGCCAGCGACGCCGGGCCUCAACUGGGACCUACAACAGCAGCACAUAGGGGCAUCUUUUCUUUCUAGUCCAUCUGCUUGCUGCCAUGUGGUGCUGUGUUUUUGUGCUAAAUCUGCGUUUGUCCCCUGUUCCCUUCCCUAAUCCCUCCUCUCCCCAGUUAUCAAUCUUCCCAAGCCCAUCCCUAACCUCCUUCCUCCCUUCCAAGUUGUCAAUCCUCCCCAUCCCUGCCCCUGUUUUCCAAACUCUCCCUGACAAUCCUCCUUGGCCCAACCCCUCCUUCCAGAGUGUUCCCUGUCUAUUUUGUUAUACUCGACCCCCUAUUAGUGUUAUUCCACUCCCCUAUUUUCCCUGAUAGGUUUACAAUAGUUUAGUCCCACCUUAGACCACUCCCCAGCUUUACCCUCAUUGGUUAAUGUUCCUACACCCCUCCUCUGCCCAAAAACUUCUGUUCACCCCCCAGCUUGGACUUUGUUCUUAGUUCUGUCCGCCUAAUAAACUCAUCCAGCCUUUAC